AUGAAUGCGUUUGAUCGAGAAAGAAAGGGGUGGAAUCGGAAUUCGUUACGAAAUAAUACCAAGAUUCAAAAGUUACGCACCCACACUUUGCAGAUUAUUAAUGAGCAUAAGCAAAUACAAAAUGAAAAUACUAAUCUUAUUUCUCAUAACACACAAAAGGAUAUUUUUAUUGCUGAAUCCAAGGCUGAGAAUGUUACGAAAUUCAAGAAAAUUAAAUUACUCGAGUUUAUAAUCAAGAUAUUGGAAAGUAAGUUGUCUUCAGCCCAGAAAGAUGUGAUUUUAAUUCAAAAUGACUCAUCGAAAAAAGAAUCUAAGAUUUUAUCUCUCAAGUCUAAAAUAGUUGAAGUAGAACAUGA